AUGGCGAACCAGUUCCACCCGAAGCCGCCCGAGGAGGCGUCGUCUGCCGUCGCCGAUGCUGCCCCGUCGCCGCCGCCACCCGCCGGCAACGAGGUACCGGAGGCCGAGCCCGGCAUUCACCAGCUGCUCGACCCCGACGCCGCAUGCAGCAUCACGCCCUCGUCCAGCAUCGAGCCCGACUCCUAUGUCACCUCCCUGGCCAGCGACAUUCGCAGAGGCGUCGAGGAGAAUGGCAGAGUCUACGCCGCCUACGGCAUCCACAAGCCCUGGGUGCCCAUCGACGACUUGGAGAUGGAUCGCAACGACCUCCAACACUGCAAGUUCACCCUCCUCAUGAACGACAGCCUCUUCCUCGCACCCAUCGUCGAUUUCCCCCAAAAUAUUCUUGACCUCGGCACCGGGUCCGGAAUCUGGGCCAUCGACGUGGCCGAGCAGUACCCCUCGGCCCUGGUCAUCGGCGUGGACACGGCCCCCGUCCAGCCCUCGGUCCUGCCGCCCAACCUCGUCUUCGAGGUCGACGACGUCGAGCACGACUGGCUCUGGGCCGAGUCGAGCUUCGACCUCAUCCACGGCCGCGAGCUCAUUAUGGCCAUCCGAGACUGGCCCCGCCUCGUCCGCCAGGCCUUUGACCGCCUCAAGCCCGGCGGCUACCUCCAGCUCGCCGGCUCCUACCCCGAGUUCCAGUCCGACGAUGGCACCCUGACCCCCGACUCGGCCUACGUCGAGAUCGGCAACAUUUACUUUGACAUGUCGGAGCGUGUCGGCGCGUCGGGCCGCGAGGUCCUCAACUGGAAAGACUACCUCAGCUGCGCUGGCUUCGAGGACAUCUACGAGCGCCUCUACAAGAUCCCCACCAACCCCUGGCCCAAGGACGAGCGCCUCAAAAAGGUCGGCGCCUUUGAGCUAAGCCACUUUUGCGACAACAUUGCAAACAUCUUUGCCCGCGGCUACACACAGAUACUCGGUGGCGAUCCAAACUACUUCCAAGUCCUCCUGGCCCGGGCGCGAAACGAAGUCUCGAAUCGGCGCAUGCACAGCUGGGUCCCAUUCUAUGUUGUGUACGGGAGAAGACCAGAUGACCACAAGGCGAGCCCGCCGACGAUUUGA